AUGAGCAAGAGGUCGAUCAAUCACAGGCGGGUGGGAGCUCAUAAAACUUCAGCAGAGAUUGUAGGACGCAUCUCACGAUUUGUGUUACUCUCUGAUUCAUCCUUGCUAGGCAAAAAACAGCUCGCUGGAAAAUCGAAUACGGGCUUCAUGAAGAGCACCCGCGGUCUCAGUCAUGAGACCAUGCUAGGCGGCCUGUCAGCCGGUGCCGAUCCUUUUGCCUACAUCUCUCAGCUUACGACGCGUAGAUUUACACCUCGGUUGCCUCAAUCGGCCGUAAUCCUCGUUGCCGUUUUUCUUAUUUUUCAUAUCUUGCUCGCCGCAUUCAACUUGGUCAUCUUACUCCUUCCCUAUAUCGGUAAAGCAAAGCGACCUCAAUGGAUUUUCAAGAAGCUUUACAUCUACGCGCGUUCUGGAGAAAAACGUUUGUUCGGUACUCCCUUGUACUUGGUCAAUACUGGGGUCUUGAUGUCGGUCUCGCAGCUUCUCAGCUCCGUCACUACCCAAGCGUACAUAUGGAUGCAGAUUAAGAUGAAUUCAUCAGAACAUUACUCCCUGCACUCUCAAUUCUUCCCAGCCUUAGGACUCAUGUUUAUCUUUAAUACCUGCUCUUAUUGGAGCAUGACGCAUUGCUUUUUAGCCCUAUAUUACAGCAACAAGAACUUCACGGACAAAUCAAAGCGGAUGAGCUGGCUCCGAUCACCUCUAUCUAUCAAUAUCUUUUUUGCUAUUUUUCCAAUUUCCGUUACCGUUUCCACUAUCGUAGUCGUGACCCGUAUGAGUAUGGUCUACCGUGAUCUUCAAGUCCAGACAAAAAGUUUGAGAGCCACCUUGUCUCAAGGUAGCCUGAUUUGGAAGAAAUUGAAACUUCCUGAUCACUCGGACGAGAAAGCAAACCUUUCAUCUCAGCUGACAAAAGUGCAGGACCAAUUAGACGCGUUGCUCGAGCAAACAGGCACUCUUGUACCCAAAUUACUUGACCGAUUCAAUUCAGUCCGAUCAAUCAUGUUAUUCUUCAUACCCGCAACCAGCCUAGUUUUCGUCUUGUCAUUUUGGAAAUUGGCUCAAAGGUACAAAUUGAAGUGCAAUGUGCCAAUUGAUCCAACAUCAAGUACCGAUUUCUCGGAUUCUUGGAACGCAAAUAAAAGCUGUAAACACCUCUCUGUGCGAUCAAAUAUCAGCCGAACUAGCCAAACAUUUUUUCAGACCCUACGUUCAGAUCCCCAAUUUCUUCGAUUGACAUUGAGAGCUUUUGCUACUCUCCUGGGAAUGCUUACUGGCAUGGUUUUCUGGUUCUUGGCUAUAUUCAAGCUGAGUGAUAUGAUGAUCGAUCCUUAUUGGCACGGGGUGGCGACAUGGCUACCAACGGUUUCUGGCUCUUGGACUGCGAUUCCAGUAGCAUGGCAAUCUUGGCGGCUAUACCUAGACCAAAACCUUAGAACAGCUGAUAAUGCCUGUAAAUUGGAAGACUCCAUCGACCAGAGAGCACCCUCGGACGACGCGCUCUCAAUUACUACCCCAGGGGUGAAAUCAAAAACUUUCUACUAG